CCGGUGCGGUGAAGUCACAGCCUUGAGCCCUCUCACUGAGUAUACCUCCCACCAUAUUACGCAUCUUACCUACACGUAUCACCGUGCAACGCUAUAGUUGGCCUCCCGAAGACUCUUGUGUCUGGAACUUGCUAGUGUCGGGGGAAUUCAAUUUCUGUCGAUAUGGCAUCCUCUGCUCAAGGGCUUUACUCACUGGCCACUCUCAUCAAGCGGCUUGAAGCAAUCACAUCGCGUCUCGAAGACGUAGAAGAUUCCAGGAGUGCAGGACAUCUCAAACGACAAAGUACCAGCACUGUUACUAGCGCAGCGGUCGUUGAAACACCAUCGACUUCAACACCCCCGCCACCCCCACCUGCGAUUGAGGUGCAAGCAGCAGUGCCACGGGCAGUCACCGCAUACGAUGAGAUUGUUAUAGAGGGGAAGCUUAAACCCUUUCUGGAGAUCAAUAAAGCCAUCGCGCCUCCUCCACUAAACGAGCAGGUUGAUCUGUUUGCCAAAGUACUUGCUACCCUGCGGUCUGUACUUCACCAGGCCGCAGCAUGCAGAAAGCCCGACCAGAAGGCGUUUGCCGAAAUCCUUUCGCCACUCCAAACAGGCAUUGAAUCCGUAACUCGCGCUAAAGAGGCUGCGAGAAAGGAGCGGGACUGGUUCAACCACUUCACAGUCAUCGCAGAUGGGACUGCUUUCGUUGGAUGGGUCACUGUGGAACCCAAACCGGGACCAUAUGUGAAUGAGAUAAAGGAAAGUACCGCGUACUAUGCGAACAGGAUACUCAAGGAUUUCAAAGAAAAGGACCCAAGACACGCGGAGUGGGUUCGGGCAUUUAAUGGGGUUCUUGAUGGAAUGAAGCGCUAUGUUAUGGAAUUCCACACCACAGGUCUUGUUUGGAAUGCCAGCGGCAUCCUGGUCUCAGAGUACAAAUCACCCCGUUCACAGCCAAUCAGUGGGCCGCCGCCGCCGCCACCGCCACCGCCGCCACCACCACCACCACCUCAGGCUGAAUCAGUAUCCUCCCCGGCAGCACCUGCUGGUGGGGUCGCUGCUGUAUUUGCGGACUUGAACCGUGGCGCGGACGUAACAAAGGGGCUACGUAAAGUCGACAAAAGCGAGAUGACACACAAGAACCCUGCCCUGCGAGCUGGGAACGUCGUCCCUGCAGGUAGCGGGGCAGCUGCUAAGAAACCUGUUAAACCAACCAAACCCCAGGCUUUGAUGGGCAAGAAGCCUUCCAAAUUUGCACUGGAGGGCAACAAAUGGAUCAUUGAAUAUCAAGAAAAUGAAUCCGCUUUGGAGGUCGCCAAUGUGGAUAUUACACAAGUGAUCAACCUUUUUGCUUGCAAGAACACGACCGUCAUUAUCAAGGGGAAAGUCAACGCUGUCACCUUGGUUAAUUGCACGAAAACUUCCGUGCUAGUCGAAUCUGUGGUUUCUUCUGUCUCCAUCAUGAAGUCUCCAUCGUUUACCCUACAAAUUACAGGGGUAGCACCUACCAUCCAGAUUGACUCGACAGACUCGGGGCAGAUUUACCUCUCGAAGCAGUGUCUUGGUGUUGAGAUUACUACAGCAAAAUGCAGCGCGAUCAACGUCAGCUUACCAGUCGAAGGGGAGGAAGAUGGUGUCUUUGAAGAGCAGGCCAUGCCCGAGAUGCUGAAGACAGUGAUACAGAAUGGCAAAUUAGUCACAACGAUUGUUGAACACGCCAGCUAAGCACUAGUCAAAUUGCCCAUAUCUCAACCUAGUUAUUUGUGCGAUUGCAAUUAAUUUUCGUGAAUACUUAGUAUACUGGUACACGUGUACGUUUUAACACCAAAGAAACCAUAUAGCCUUCAGCUUCAGUUCUGUAAAUGUUCAACGGGCCGCGGAGGUGGUAUUAAUACGGUAA